AUUUUAGAAUCAACAGAAGAUGUUGUCCCUACUGUUGGAUUUUCUAGCGUGCAAGUUAAACAUAAUCAGUUUGAUAUUACUAUUUUUGAUCUUGGCGGUGGACAUAAAAUAAGGGGAAUAUGGAAAAAUUACUAUGCAUCAGUUUAUGGAAUAAUAUUUGUGAUGGAUGCAAGUGAAGCGGAAAGAAUAGAUGAAUGUCGAAAAGAAAUAACUGUCGUUUUGCAAGACCCUAGAAUUAGUGGAAAGCCAAUGUUGUUAUUAGUUAAUAAACAAGAUGUUCAAGGUGCCAUGGAUGAAACAGAAAUAUGCAAUCUACUUGAAUUAGAAAAUAUGGUAAACAAACAAGAAUGUCCAACUCGUGUGGAAACAUGUUCUGCAAUAUCAAUUAAUAGUAAAAAGAGAGAUAAAGGAAUUGAUAAAGGUUUUCAAUGGUUAGUUGGACAUAUUGAAAAAUAUUACAAAGAACUUGAACAAAGAGUUCAAAAAGAAACUAAUGAACAAAAAGAAAGAGAAGAAAAAGAAAGACUUGAAAGAAUGGAAAGAGUGAGAAAAAUUAGAGAAGAGAGAGAGAAACAAGAAGCAGAAGCACAAAAUAAUGUAAAUAAUGAUGGUGGCAAUGAUGAGGAUGAUGAUGAUGUAAUCGUUGGAUCUCCUUUUAAACCAGCUAGUAAAAUCAGAGUAAGUUUCUAAUGAAA